AUGCUCUCAAAACGUAUCAUCGCCGUCGCGCGCGGUCGCUCUCUACUGCGACCUCAGCAUCUCCAGGAUGCUUCAAAAGUCCUGAUUCGCUCCAGGAUCGCACAGUUCCACUCAAGUCGUCUGCUACAAGCCGAGACUGUUAAAGUUCCCCAAAUGGCGGAAUCCAUUACCGAGGGUACAUUGAAGACGUGGACAAAGCAAGUCGGCGACACUGUCGAAGUCGACGAGGAGGUCGCGACGAUCGAGACUGAUAAGAUUGAUGUGUCGGUGAACGCAACAAAAGCUGGAACCAUCGUGAAACUACUCGCGAACGAGGAGGAUACCGUUGUUCCAGGGCAAGAUCUCUUCGUUAUUGAGGAAGGAGAGGUUAGCCAAUCCUCAACGCCCGCCCCUCCCCCACCAAAAGAAGAGAAGGGACCCUCAGAAACAGAGUCAAAACCCAAAACUAAAGAUGCUGAGGAACCUAGCGACCAACAGACCGAUAAGAAGCUGCCACCACCUCCCAAACCUUCGGAUUCCACCAAGAAGGAGCUCAAGGUUGAAAAGGAGUCCUCAAAAGAGAAGGCCCCUAAAAAGGAGAAGGAAAGUGCACCCGCCGCCCCCAAACCUGCUGUUGGUAGCAGGAAUGAGACCAGGGUGAAAAUGAACCGCAUGCGUCUGCGCAUCGCUGAGCGUCUCAAGCAAUCGCAGAAUGCCGCCGCAUCGUUAACCACUUUCAACGAGAUUGAUAUGUCUGCUCUCAUCAACAUGCGCAAGAAGUACAAGGAUGCUGUUCAGAAGGAGCAUGAUGUGAAGCUGGGCUUCAUGUCCUUCUUUGCCAAGGCUUCCGUGUUGGCGCUUAAGGAGAUCCCUGCUGCCAAUGCCAGCAUUGAGGGCGAAGAGAUCGUUUAUCGCGACUACGUUGACUUGAGUGUUGCGGUCGCUACUCCCAAGGGAUUGGUUACGCCUGUGGUGAGAAACGCUGAGGCAAUGGGACUCGUUGACAUCGAGAAGGAAGUCGCUGCUUUGGGCAAGAAGGCUCGCGACGGAAAGUUGGGCCUUGAGGAUAUGGCUGGAGGCACAUUCACCAUUUCUAACGGAGGCGUUUUCGGGUCUCUCUAUGGAACACCUAUCAUCAACUUGCCUCAAGCUGCUGUCCUCGGUAUGCACACCAUCAAAGAGCGCCCCGUCGUUGUCGACGGACAGAUUGUCAUUCGUCCCAUCAUGGUCGUCGCCCUUACCUACGACCAUCGUUUGAUGGACGGCCGUGAGGCUGUUACCUUCCUUGUGAAAGUCAAGGAAUACCUCGAAGAUCCCGCCAAGAUGCUUCUUGCUGUUUAA